GCAAAAUUCAAGUCAAAAUGACAGCAGCGGUGUCUGCCGAUAUCAGAGUUGAGGAACUUCUCCAAGCUCGAUUUUAUUCAAAAAAGGAGUUAAUAGCAAGAGGGAGGUCUACGCCAGACUUAGAUGGACUACUGCAGCAAAAGGGACAACAUGUUUUCGAUCUUUUCAAACAGACUGCAUGGGAACUGCAGUGUCCAAAAGGAAGAAUUUAAAGAACGAUGCGAUAUCUUCUGUGGCUGCAAAAGUUAGAGCAGCCAGAGCUUUCGGAGAGUAUCUGUCUCACACACAUCCAGAGAACCGCAACGGGUCAGAUCAUCUGUUGUCUGACACUUUCAUCGGCCAGGACACAGAGUCCCCUGACAUCAGCCGCCUCCACAACAAUAGCCUGUCUCCCCAGAGUCGGUUUGAGCCAGUAGCCAAGACCAUCCAGCCCCAGGCCCAAGCCCCGACCCAGGCUCGGCUCCAUCCCCAGCCCCAACUCCCUCCACUGCCCAGUGGUCUCCAGGCCUCAGCCCCCUCCAAGCGCCGGCUCUCCGUGGAACGCAGCUUCUCCUGUGAGGAGCAGCCUGUUCCCAGGUGCCCAGAGGUCAGCGUGAAGCCAGCGCGGGUCUACACUAUCACCAGAGAAGGAGGCAUGCUGGGAGGCCGUGGCAGCGCCAACAGCCUGGAGUUGGAGAUGCUGAAGGGCUCCAGGGAGGGGCCUUUAUCUCAAACGGCCAAUCAACAGCCCCGCAACCACCAUCGGGGAACCAACUCCCGUGGCAACCAUCACCAUGGAGCCCACAAUGGGUCGUCCCAGUCUCAGCCACUCCAGAGCUCAGGCAGCGCACAAAACAUCCGGGACUGGGGGGUGAGGAGAGGGGGGUCCCGAGAGGACUGCAGCCCGGAUUGUGUGACAUGCAUCCGGGCUCCGUGUCAGAGCCAGCGAUCCCUGGACCUGGACACCUCUCCUCGGGAUGGAGGGAAGCAACUCAAGAAGCUGGAGAGGAUGUACAGCGAGGACCGGUGCUCCACCGAGGACAGGGAUGACAAUCCUAAUAGCUGGUUUCCGAAAGAGAACAUGUUCAGCUUCCAGACAGCAACCACCACCAUGCAGGCAAUAUCGGCUUUCCGGGGCAUUGCCGAGAAAAAGAGGAGGAAAAGGGAACAGGAGGCAACUGCCACCAUGGAGAGAAAUUUCCGGAAACACCUCAGAAUGGUGGGCAGUCGCAGGAUCAAGGUUCAGACAUUCGCCGAACGCCGUGCCAAGAGUUUCAGCCGUUCCUGGAGUGACCCCACCCCCAUCAAGCCUGACUCUCUCCAUGACUCCAGAGACAGUGGGGACCUGCAGGCCUCCUCAGGGACAUUAGAUGAAGAGCUGUGCGAAGACACCGACUGGGAAGAAGAGAGAGAGGCGGAGCAAGCAGCGUGCCAAGGAGACGACUUCAUCCCUCCCAAAAUCAUGCUGAUAUCUUCCAAAGUGCCCAAGGCAGAGUAUGUUCCUAAUAUAAUCCGAAGGGAUGACCCCUCCAUCAUCCCAAUCCUCUAUGAUCACGAACACGCUACAUUUGAUGAUAUUAUUGAGGAGAUAGAGAAGAAGCUGGCUGCCUAUAGGAAAGGCUGUAGAAUCUGGAACAUGCUCAUCUUCUGUCAGGGCGGGCCAGGACACUUAUACCUGCUCAAGAACAAAGUUGCCACUUUUGCCAAGGUGGAAAAGGAGGAAGACAUGACUCAGUUUUGGAAGAGAAUCAGCAGGCUGAUGAGCAAGCUGAACCCUGAACCCAACCUCAUCCACAUCAUGGGCUGCUAUGUCCUUGGGAGCGCCAAUGGAGAAAAGCUUAUUCAAAAUCUGAAGAAGAUGAUGAGGCCGUACUCCAUUGAGUUUAAGUCCCCACUGGAACUGUCUGCACAGGGUAAGGAGAUGAUCGAGAUGUACUUUGACUUCCGUCUCUUCCGCCUGUGGAAAACUCGCCAACACUCCAAGCUCCUUGACUACGACGACCUUUUGUGACGCGUCUGACCCUAGUUGAGCCAAUUGGCGGUUAGCUUCUAUCUCAUCCUUUAAAAGCCUACGUUUGGGGCGUUGCUUGAGAUGGCCUGAGCAGAAGUGUUCUGUACUCUGCUCAACCUACCAGACACGGUUCAGCCACUAUAGCUUUGUUCAGGUGAUUUGGGGCACUCGACUUUUCGGGUGUGAAGCCAAGUGGGUGACUGUGUUUGCGACGGUGGCAAGGUGUACAUUUCCCCAUUAUUUUUCAACCUUCACUGAUCUCCUCGGCAGAUAGCGGAGACGGAGGGAGGGAGGGGAGAGAGAAGUUGAGAGACUCUUCAUUUAGCCUACAUGUGUCAGGAGACGCUAAAUAGAGUUAGGUUUUGCAUUUGCUUUGAGGUGAGGCGGAAGAGAGGGAGGCGAGAGCUUCCUGUACAAAGAUGGAAGAUAUUUUUAUGAGGAAAAAAGAUGGUGGGCGAUUCCCCAUAGCUUACCUGUCUACAGUUUGAGGAAGGAAGCAAUGGAUGAAGAGUGAUUUCCAAGGUCUAGAACUAGGUCACUCCUAGAAAACUAGAUAUGUAUUUAACAUACUUGACAGAGCAUUAGUGAAUAGAUUUUCAACAUCUACACAUAUUUCACAUGAAAGGUUGGUAUUUAAUUUUCAAAUAAUUUACAGAAUAUCUAUUAUAGAAACACUUUUAUUUUUCACUAACUGUAUCUGUUUUGUAUUUGGACUGUUGGAUUAACUCAGGUUAAUGUUAUCCCAUAUUUGUUACUGAGCUUUCCACCACACCAUUAUAAUGGAACACAAGAGAAUUUGUCUCUGGGUGUCUCCAUCUCAUUGGGGAUCUCAGGAUGGAGGUCGGGAAAAUUCAAUACAUGUAUCACUACAUACAGUACAUCUGUGUGAGUUUCUUAGAUGUUCCAUAGACUAGGUCAACUGUAGCCUUUUUUUCUCAUUAGCCAUUUUAAUCUUAUCUCCUUUGCAAGGAGAUACAGACUUUUUAAUAGAUAUCUUGAGCUCUGAGGGAUUGGUUGUAAUCCCUUUCAGAAUUUUGUACUAUACUAAUAAAUACUUAGACUUAAUAUAUAUGACAGUGCAACCCUUUUUACUAUAACCAGGCUAUAAUAAGGAGACAGCAGCUGUAAUAGGUGGCUAAUAUAGUCUCUCACUGCGUCGGUAGUGUAGCUAUGCUUCUAUACGUUGUUCAUAAUCCUAAAUUAUUCCUAUUACUACUUUAUACUUCAGUCCAGCCUGAUGUCUUUGCUUCCUUUUUGGAAUACCAUAUGCACAGUGUCUGACGGACUUAACAGCAAACUCAAAGAUAACAGAUAUAAUACAAUAUUAAUGUAAGCCUUUGAAACAACAACAAACUGUAGAGAGAGAAGGAGUUAUCUUAUUCUGUUAUAUACCUACUGUCCUACUUUGCUUAAACACAUCCUCAUGAAACCCACACCCCAGAUCUCUUAUCUCCUGAUACUGUAAUUGUGUUGUUUAUAUGUAACUGUUGAGUCCCAACUGAUGCUAGUGUUUCAGUUGGGGAUGGAGUGGGUGUGAUGCAUUUAUAUGUAACAUGGAUAGGAGGGACUCUCAUGACAGCUUGAUUGCUGUGAGAGUUUGCUUAAGGGUUAGACUAACACAAUUAAGAGUGCUAUUUUCUCAUUUCCCCUCUAAAGUGUUCCACUAAAACAAAUAAGAGUACAACGAUUCUUCAUUUGCUUGUGCCUGCCUAUGCUUGUGUGUGCCAGUGUUUUUGUGUGCCAGUGUAUCAACAGUAAUGUUGCUGCUGCAAGGGCACUGAACUAUGAGGGUUGUGUGUCUGGGUUUAUUCUCAUCUGAGGGGAUCAGAGAAAGACAUCUUGUGUUGAGCUUGUUUUCAUGCACCAAUGUGGAUAUGGAAAAUGAUAGAGAAGCAGAGAGCAAAGGGAACAUAAACUUUGUAUUCUGUAUUUUCAACCAAUUUAAUUUAAAUGUAAUAACAACAUUUUGUUAUUAUUAAGAAGCAGUAAUCGCAUACGAUUUCACACAACUGAAAAAAAAACAAUUCUACUUUCUCCAGUCUUUAUCGAGGUGUCCAUUUGAGAUUUGAAGUUUGUGUUUCUUUCCUACUCUGUUUUGUCAAACAAGCUUUUUUUUUAAAUAAUUGUUCAAUUAUAAGUGUUUUUUCAGUUAGCCAGUAAUGUAGCACUUUUUUAAUUGACAUUUUCAACACGCUGUCAGUAUUUGUGUGAUAGGGUCAGAAGACCACAUGCACAGUCCACACAGCCCUGUGCAAAUGUUUGCAGGCUAGCUACAAUAACUAUGUACUUGUUUUACACAAGGCUGUGGUUAUUUAUGCUACUAUAUAUAUAUAUGUGUGUGUGUGUGUGUGUGUGUCAGUUAGACUCGUUAUCUCCCAAUUUAUCCCCUGUAGCAAUAUAUAGUGUAAUGUUUCUUGUACAGUUUUAGAAACACUCUUUUACUUUGCCUUGUUUUGAAAGCUAACAAGACAGUUCUUGUGACCUCCAUACUUGGGAAUGGAACAUUUGAGGUGAAGUACUGAAGAUGGGAGUGCAUCUUUGCAACUCUCACAACAAAGAACGCAAUAUCUGUGUAGUCUAAAUACAAUUCCUGCUUCCUCUUCUGCACACAGCUGAUUUUUACUCAUCUCUGUCUAAAGGAAAAACCCAGACAAAUUAAGAGUUAACGUGUCAAGUCAUUAAUACAGUAGUUAGCAAAUUAACAACAUAAUUUAUUUUGUUUUAUUAUAGAAUUAGAUAGUAAUUGAAAAGCUUAUCACUUCAUCAUAGAUUCAUGGUGUUUGGCUACAGAGGGUUAAUACUGUAUAUGUACAGUGAAUUCACCUUAUGUCAUUAACCUCUCCCUCACUCCUUGGCAUUAUGUUGAUGUAUUUUUUUAAUUUAUAUGAAAAUCCACAUACUGUGGUGUUAACGGAGGAAGAAGCAGAAGACUGAAAAUGUAUGAUUUGAGGACACCAGGGAAGAUAGCCAACACAUUAACAGCAUCGUCAGCUGGCUAGGACAUCUCUGCUGGGUCUCUCUGGCCCUGAUAGAGCUGAAGGAGAGGAGGAGGACAUUCUGCUAAUAAGUAGCCUGUCCUCGCCAUACACGCAGAUAAGAUUGAAUCCAUUACACUAGACCUGGCCAAACAACCGAAGCACUCUGCUCUGAGUUUGGCUUAUAAUCCUAGGCCAAUGAAGCUGAUAAUUCCAAUUUCUAUAAUUACACAAAUCAAAAAAACACAUACUGAAUUCAAUCAAUACGAAACGUUCUAGUCAGCAAUGUGCAAAUAAGACAUUUACAUCCACUUCCUUUGAGUGAAAAAAAUGUGUCUGUCCCCUGUGGCUCCAUCAGUGUAUCUCAAAAGAUUGCCUUGUGCUCUCUGGUGAGGAUGAUUGAGUUUGAUGAUGAUUGAUUGACGCUGCUUUGAUUGCACUGACGCCUUGUCGGGUGAUGAUUGUAUUUUUGGAAGAAGGGAGACUCUUAUAUUGUGUAGCCAUGAUCUUACUUUUACUGCAAAGUUAUUAACAGAGAAUUUGAUUUUCCAUUGCAUACUACAAAUUAAAACUACUUUUACGAAAAUAUAAACCUUUAGUGAGGUUACUGUAAAUCUCCAAAUGUCUUAAUCAAAGUAUUAUUUUAAUAUUAUAAUUAUGAUAGAGAUGAUUAUAAUGUCCUUCCUAUGAUUUUGAUACAGGACAUAAAAACUGGUGAUGUUCCUUUACUUAGAAUAACAAUGUACUAUGUAUGAGACUUUGAAUUCCAGGUGGCAACUUGAUGUUCAUUCAUUUAUACCAACAGUGCAGGAUGUUUUCCACUGUCCAAUAAUGGUGAUAG